AUCCUCACCUCUGCCACGUGGUUUUCAUUGCUGGAGCAUGCACUAUAAACCUUCUCGAACUUUGAGUGAUACGCUACCUUUAGACGAGCCCGAUACGCUUACGAAGUAGAUUUACACCCAGACUCCUACCCGCUAGUACCAUGGCCGGCUCCCGCGGGCCGUUUAAGGUGAUCAUCGCCGGUGGCAGCAUAGUUGGCUUGACCAACGCGCUAGCUCUGGAGAAGGCCGGCAUCGACUUCGUCGUCCUCGAGAAGCGAGAGAUCGCUCCGCACAUGGGCGCAUCCGUCUCUGUCCACCCGCACGUCCAGAGGGUGCUAGAGCAGCUCGGAGUGUGGCCCGAGAUAAGGGCCGGCACCGUCCCGCUCCACACCCGACAUCACUACAACCAAAAUGGGGACCUGUUUGAGGAGUCGGCGAUAUUACAGGAGAUUUCCAAGAUGAUGCGCAACCGGAGCACCACGUUUAUGGAGCGUAGGUUCUUGUUAAGCUGCAUCUACAACCAGAUCCAGGACAAGUCCCGAGUUCGCGCUCAGACCGGCGUGGCUUCGUACACAGAGACAGACGAUGGCGUCGAAGUAACGACGGACAGCGGCGAGGUCAUCAAGGGCGAUCUCUUCAUUGGCUCCGACGGCAUCCGCAGCACUGUGCGGGGUCUCAUCGCGCAGAAGAUCGCCGAUGCUGACCCUGCAGCGUCGGAAGAGAUGCGGUCUGGUUUCGUCAGCACUUACCAAUGCCUCUUUGCGACGUCGAGAAACGCCAAUCCGAGCGCCGGGGGCAAGCCAUUCCUCCCUGACGGCACGGUGCACAACGUCUAUUACUACGGCUUUUCUGGUGUUGUCGCCGCCGGCGUCAGCGGCCUCGUCUUCUGGUUCCUGUUCGUCAAGAGCGGCAAGGUGACCACGACGCCCAACACGCCACGCUUCACCGAGGAGCAGACUGAGGCGGUAAUCGCCAAGUACGGCCACCACGCCGUCGGCCCUGGCUACACCUUCAAGGACCUGUGGGACAGCCGAGUCAAAGCCGCGAUGCUGCCGCUCGAGGAAGGUGUGCUCAAGCCCAGGUGGAAUACGGGCGGCAGGGUGGUACUUAUGGGAGACGCGGUGCACAAGGCCACCGUGAACCCAGGCCUGGGGGCCAACUUGGCAGUGGAGGGCGUGGUGCACCUCAUCAACGAGCUGGUGCCCCUGGUGCGACAGUGCGACGCGGACGGCGGGAGGAAGCCGAGCAAGGACGAGAUCGUCGCCGUGCUCGACCUAUACGAGAAGAAACAUCGGCCGCACGCCCACACGGUCGUGUCCAUGUCCGGCUACGUCACCCGCUACGAGGCGAUGGAGUUCUGGUGGUUACGAUUCCUGCGCGUCCUAUCGCCCUGGGUCAGCGACAAGACGAAGGCCAACACCUUCGUCAACUACAUGAACGAGGGCCCAUGGUUGAACUACCUACCUAACCCGGACGACGAGGUGGUCAAGAGUUGAUUCGACAGGUUGUACGGUAUAAUUUUCGAACCCCUUGUCCCCGGCGGGAAUCUGGGCAUGGGUACAUACAUAGACUGGCCACGUAAUAGGUAAUCCCAAUUGUAAUAGGAUGUCCAGAGGCGUAUAAGCUGACAGAAUGCAUAACGCUUCCAAUUCUUUCUCUCUCUCUUGCCCCUCGAUGCGCUUCUUCCCCGCGAGCACGUUGCUCACAAGCAUCAACGUCCCGCGUUGCGCAGACUACGUAGCAUAGUCCCCUAUGUUGAUAGGUAGGUAAG